AUGAAUAGAUCUUUACUGCUACGUUUGUCGGACACCGGUGAACCCGUUACAAGCUGCUCUUACGGCAAAGGUGUCCUGACACUACCACCCAUUCCGCUCCCUAAAGACGCCCCAAAGGACCAACCGCUAUAUACAGUCAAGUUAUUGAUAUCUGCGGGCUCUCCUGUGGCUAGAGAUGGGCUGGUUUGGACUAAUUGUCCUCCAGAUCACAACACGCCCUUCAAGAGAGACAAAUUUUACAAAAAAAUCAUUCAUUCCAGCUUUCACGAGGAUGACUGCAUCGACUUGAAUGUCUACGCUCCGGGCUCGUACUGCUUUUAUCUAUCCUUCAGGAACGAUAACGAAAAGCUGGAGACAACAAGGAAAUACUACUUUAUUGCCUUACCCAUGCUUUACAUAAACGAUCAGUUCCUUCCUUUAAAUUCCAUCGCUUUGCAGAGUGUCGUAUCGAAAUGGUUGGGCUCCGACUGGGAGCCAAUCCUAUCGAAAAUUGCCGCCAAAAACUACAACAUGGUGCAUUUCACUCCCCUGCAGGAAAGAGGCGAGUCUAAUUCACCUUACUCUAUAUACGACCAGUUACAGUUUGACCAGGAACACUUCAAGUCUCCUGAAGACGUGAAAAACUUAGUUGAACAUAUACAUCGCGAUCUAAACAUGCUUUCGUUGACAGAUAUUGUCUUUAAUCACACAGCUAAUAAUUCUCCUUGGUUGGUUGAGCAUCCAGAGGCUGGGUACAAUCACAUCACUGCUCCACAUUUAAUCAGCGCUAUAGAGCUCGACCAGGAACUACUCAAUUUUAGCAGCAACUUGAAAUCCUGGGGCUAUCCUACCGAACUGGAAAGUAUAGAAGAUCUUUUCAAGAUCAUGGACGGUAUUAAAGUACAUGUCUUAGGGUCGUUGAAACUGUGGGAAUACUAUGCAGUAAAUGUGCAAACGGCACUUCAGGAUAUCAAGGCUCAUUGGAAUGACGAAUCUAACGAAAGCUACAACUUCCCCGAGGAUAUUAAGGAUAUCUCGUCCGAUUUGGUAAAAUUGGCUUCCUUUGUGAAGGAUAACGUCACUGAGGCAAACUUCGGCACUCUUGGUGAAAGAAACUCAAACAAAAUUAACGUGUCCAAGUUUAUUCAACUACUGAAGCUCAUUAGCGAUACGGGUAGUGAAGACUGCGAAUCUUUCUUGGCCACCGCUCAGAACAUCUUGAACGAGGUCAACUUACCCCUAUAUAGAGAAUACGACGAUGACGUCAGUGAGAUACUCGAGCAACUGUUCAAUCGUAUUAAGUAUUUGAGAUUAGAUGAUAACGGACCUAAGCAGGGUCCAGUAACCGUAGAAGUGCCCUUAACAGAGCCUUAUUUUACGAGGUUCAAAGGAAAAGACGGUAUCAACUAUGCCCUCGCCAACAAUGGUUGGAUAUGGAAUGGUAACCCACUAGUGGAUUUUGCAUCUCAAAAUUCAAGAGCUUAUUUACGUAGAGAAGUUAUCGUGUGGGGGGACUGUGUCAAGUUAAGAUACGGUAGAAGCCCUGAAGACUCUCCGUACUUGUGGGAAAGGAUGUCCAAAUAUAUAGAAAUGAACGCCAAAAUAUUUGAUGGGUUCAGGAUCGAUAACUGUCAUUCUACUCCGAUACAUGUUGGCGAAUAUUUUCUGGAUUUGGCAAGAAAAUACAACCCGAACCUUUACGUCGUCGCAGAGCUGUUCUCUGGUUCCGAAACACUAGAUUGUCUGUUUGUCGAAAGGUUAGGUAUUUCCUCUUUAAUCAGAGAAGCAAUGCAGGCUUGGUCCGAAGAAGAGUUGUCCAGACUGGUCCAUAAGCAUGGUGGUAGGCCCAUUGGCUCCUAUAAGUUUGUUCCCAUGGACGACUUUUCAUAUCCAGCUGAUAUCAAUUUAAAUGAAGAACAUUGUUUCAACGACGCCAGUGAUAACUCCAUAAGAUGUGUAUCAGAAAUCAUGAUUCCAAAAAUUUUAACCGCCACUCCGCCACAUGCCUUAUUCAUGGACUGUACUCACGAUAAUGAAACUCCGUUUGAAAAGAGAACAGUCGAAGACACCUUACCCAAUGCUGCGUUAGUAGCGCUUUGCUCAUCCGCCAUUGGAUCUGUUUAUGGUUACGACGAAAUUUUCCCACAUUUACUGAAUUUGGUCACUGAGAAAAGACAUUAUGACAUUUCUACUCCUACUGGUAGCCCUUCGAUGGGAAUAACCAAAGUCAAGGCCACUUUGAAUUCGAUUAGAACAAGUAUGGGUAAGAAAGCAUAUGACAUUGAAGACUCUGAAAUGCAUGUGCAUCACCAGGGCCAGUAUAUUACUUUCCAUCGUAUGGAUGUUAAAUCCGGCAAAGGUUGGUACUUAAUUGCCAGGAUGAAAUUUUCUGAUAAUGGCGACCCUAACGAGACUUUACCCCCAGUGGUGUUAAAUCAGUCCUUGUGCUCCCUCAAAUUUUCAUAUGCUUUAGAAAGAAUUGGCGAUGAAGUUCCCGAUGAUGAUAAAUUCAUUAAAGGUAUUCCCACAAAAUUGAAGGAGCUUGAGGGGUUCGAAAUUUCUUAUGAUGACGAUAAAAAAAUUUCAACGAUAAAACUACCCAAUGAAUUCCCUCAAGGAUCUAUUGCCAUUUUUGAGACCCAACAAAAUGGUGUAGACGAGUCCCUCGAUCACUUCAUAAGGUCAGGUGCUUUAAAGGCCACUUCAAAUUUGACUUUAGAGUCGAUAAAUUCCAUCUUAUAUCGUAGUGAGCCUGAAGAAUACGACGUUAGCGCCGGCGAAGGCGGUGCUUAUAUUAUUCCUGAUUUUGGAAAGCCGGUGUAUUGCGGCCUGCAAGGUUGGGUUUCUGUUUUGAGAAAGAUUGUGUUUUACAAUGAUUUGGCGCAUCCCUUAAGCGCAAAUUUAAGAAAUGGACACUGGGCUUUAGAUUAUACUAUCAGUAGGCUCAAUUACUACAGCGACGAAGUAGGAAUCACAGAAGUACAGAACUGGUUACGCUCAAGAUUCGAUAGAGUGAAAAAGUUACCGAGCUACUUAGUGCCCAGUUAUUUCGCCUUGAUCAUAGGUAUUCUUUAUGGUUGUUGUCGCUUGAAAGCAAUACAGCUGAUGUCUCGUAAUAUUGGUAAAUCUACAUUGUUCGUACAAAGCUUAUCAAUGACAUCCAUCCAGAUGGUUUCCAAAAUGAAGUCAACCUCUAUUUUACCAGGCGAAAAUGUUCCCUCUAUGGCUGCAGGUUUGCCACAUUUCAGCGUAAACUAUAUGAGGUGCUGGGGUAGAGAUGUAUUUAUAUCGUUAAGAGGUAUUUUAUUAACCACAGGUAGAUUUGAUGAAGCAAAGGCGCAUAUACUAGCCUUUGCAAAAACUUUGAAACAUGGUUUAAUUCCAAAUUUGUUGGAUGCGGGUAGGAACCCAAGGUAUAAUGCUCGUGAUGCUGCAUGGUUCUUUUUGCAAGCUGUACAGGACUAUAUUCAUAUCGUUCCUGAUGGUGAAAAAAUCUUACAAGAGCAAAUAACAAGAAGGUUCCCACUGGAUGACACUUACAUUCCUGUAGAUGAUCCAAGGGCAUUUAGUUACUCUAGUACCUUGGAAGAGAUUGUUUACGAAAUCUUGAGUAGACAUGCUAAGGGAAUUAAGUUUAGGGAAGCUAAUGCAGGUCCAAACUUAGAUCGUGUUAUGAGCGAUGAAGGGUUUAACGUUGAAAUCUACGUCGAUUGGUCUACUGGGUUAGUUCACGGUGGAUCUCAGUAUAAUUGCGGUACCUGGAUGGAUAAGAUGGGAGAAAGCGAAAAAGCAGGUUCUGUCGGUAUACCUGGAACACCUAGAGACGGAGCCGCAAUAGAAAUUAACGGGCUUUUAAAAAGUGCUUUAAGAUUUGUUAUUGAGCUAAGCAAGAAGGGAUUGUUCAAGUUUACCGAUGUGGAGAAACAAGACGGUGAUAAAAUUAGUUUUACUGAAUGGAAUCAAUUACUCCAAGACAACUUCGAAAAAAGAUACUAUAUCCCGGAGGACCCAUCGGAAGAUGCAGAAUAUGAUGUGGAGGCCAAACUGGGGGUUAAUAGAAGAGGAGUAUACAGAGACUUAUACAAGUCAGGUAAGCCUUAUGAAGAUUAUCAGUUAAGACCAAAUUUUGCCAUUGCCAUGACUGUGGCACCGGAAUUAUUUGUACCUCAACAUGCCACAAAAGCAAUCACUAUUGCGGAUAAAGUUUUAAGAGGUCCAGUAGGUAUGCGCACUUUAGAUCCAAGUGAUUACAAUUACCGUCCUUACUACAACAAUGGAGAAGAUUCAGAAGAUUUUGCCACCUCAAAAGGUAGAAACUAUCACCAAGGUCCUGAAUGGGUUUGGCUUUACGGCUACUUUUUAAGAGCAUUCCAUCAUUUCCACUUCAAAACCAGUCCACGUUGCCAGAAUGCCGCCAAAGAAAAACCGUCUUCGUAUUUGUACCAACAAUUAUACUACAGAUUAAAGGACAAUAGAAAAUGGAUUUCUGAGAGUGUGUGGGCAGGAUUGACAGAACUAACCAACAAGGACGGCGAGUUGUGCAAUGACUCAAGCCCUACACAAGCCUGGAGUUCUGCUUGUUUGUUGGAUCUAUUUUAUGAUUUGUGGGAUGCCUACGAAGAUGAUUCCUGA